GGACUUGGUCGAGUCUUUGGAAGCUGCUAGUCCAGUUCAGAGUAAUUGUGAAGGGGGAAGGAGAAGGGAAAGAGAACAGCAGCCAUAUAGCUAGCUGUCUGUCCCUCAAGCUCGAACCCAGUCCCAGAUUAUCGCUCAUGCUCUCAGCAGGGCGCUCCAUUGCAAAUGCUUCAGCUCCAAGUAUAACCUUGAGCAUCACACGGCUGCUCCUCUUUGCGCUUCGACAGAUCAGUUCAGGCAAGACAACUGCUAGCUCCCUGGGUGCUAUCGAGAUCACACAGUUGGAACUGAACAUCUGAGUUAAAGUGUCCCGUUUGUAGGACAUCUGCAAGUUACAUACAGUCUCCAUCAGUUCAGCAGAAAUGGCGGAGGCUUUACACCAUGCUGUCUCAAAGAUUGGUUCCACAUUAGCGGAGGAAGCCACGAAGGCAGUCAUAAACAAGCUAUCUGAGAAAGUUAAUAAUCUGAAGGAACUACCAGGGAAAGUUGAGGAAAUAGAGAAAGAACUGAAGAUGAUGAAUAAUGUCAUAAAACAGAUUAGCACACCAAAUCUUACCAAUGAGCUUGUUAAGGAUUGGAUUGCAGAGGUGCGGGAGGUGGCCCACCGUGUUGAGGAUGUAAUGGACAAAUAUUCAUAUCAUGCUCUUAAAUUGGAGGAAGAAAAUAGAGUGAAGAAGUUCUUCUCCAAAGUGCAUUAUGUCAAAGUUUUCAGUGAAAUCGCUGACGAGAUUAUCCAGAUAGAGAGGAAAAUUGAAAAUGUUGUGAAGCGGAGAGAUCGGUGGCUGCAGCUGCCCCAGCUCAUUCCUAAUCCACUUGCUAAUAUUGAAAGAAAGCGACCACAAGACUGUCUCCUGGAAGUUCCUCAAGAUGAUCUUGUGGGGAUUGAAGACUACAGGAGACAGUUGACCGAAUGGCUGUACUCUGAUGAGCAAGGUAGCACAAUGAUAACAGUAUCUGGCAUGGGUGGAUUGGGAAAAACCACCCUGGUCACAAAUGUGUAUGAGCGGGAGAAGAUCAACUUCACCGCUCAUGCUUGGAUUGUUGUGUCUCAAGGCUAUGAUGUGGUUGAACUGCUGAGGAAAAUGCUUAGGAAGAUUGGGUACCCGGAACAGUCACAGCUUGUGGAUUUGGAUGCCCAUGAGUUGAAAGUAAAAAUAAAAGAAAGACUAACAGAUAGCAAAUGUUUGCUUGUAUUGGAUGAUGUCUGGAACCGAGAAGCAUACACUCAGAUAGGGGAUGCAUUCCAGAACCUCCAAGCAAGUCGUGUUAUCAUCACAACACGACAGGAACAGGUGGCAACUCUUGCUCAACCAACACGUCAACUCAAACUCAAGCCACUGGAACGCAAUGAUGCAUUUGACCUGUUCUGCAGAAAGGCUUUCUAUAACCGCAUGGAAUGCAAGUGCCCUCAGGACCUUGAGAAGCUGGCUAAUAAUAUAGUGGAUAGGUGUCAAGGUCUGCCACUUGCAAUUGUAUCCAUAGGUGGUAUGUUGUCUUCGCUGCCACCAGUAGAUUAUGUUUGGAAUGAGACGUACAAGCAACUUCGGGGAGAGCUGGCAAAUAAUGAUCAUGUUCGUGCAAUUCUGAAUCUGAGCUACCAUGACAUACCUGGAGAUCUUAGGAACUGCUUCUUGUAUUGUGGUCUGUUCCCAGAGGAUCACCAAUUGUCACGGGAAAGCCUUGUGCGGCUGUGGGUUGCAGAAGGUUUUGCAGUGCGAAAAGAAACAAGCACAGCAGAAGAGGUGGCUGAUGGAUAUCUCAGGGAACUGAUUCAAAGGAACAUGUUGGAAGUUGUGGAGUCUGAUGAGCUAGGUAGGGUCAGUACCUGCAAGAUGCAUGAUAUCGUGCGUGACCUGGUGCUUUCUAUUGCUAAAGAGGAGAAGUUUGGUUCUGCAAAUGAUUUUGCAAGCAUGUCCCACAUGGACAAGGAAGUUCGUCGCCUGUCAUCAUGUGGAUGGAAAGACAAAACUGCAGUAAAAGUAAAAUUCUCACAUCUUCGAACCCUAGUCGCACUUGGAAUAACUGCAUCAUCUCCACAGUUGUUAUCCCCAAUUUUGUCUGAAUCCAACUAUCUUACUGUUCUUGAGCUGCAAGAUUCUGAAAUAAGCGAAGUGCCAGUAUCCAUAGGAAAUCUGUUUAAUCUGCGCUACAUUGGCCUGCGGCGCACAAAGGUCAAGUCACUCCCAGAGUCCAUCGGGAAGCUCUCCAACCUCCACACCCUGGACAUCAAGCAAACUAAAAUAGAGAAGCUGCCACGAGGUAUUGUUAGGAUCAAGAAGCUGCAGCACCUUCUUGCUGACAGAUAUGAAGAUGAGAAGCAGUCAGAGUUCCGGUAUUUCAUUGGAGUGCAAGCACCGAAAAAGCUAUCCAACUUGGAAGAACUGCAGACUCUUGAGACCGUGCAAGCCAGCAAGGACUUGGCCGAGCAGCUGAUGAAACUUACGCAAUUACGGAGCGUGUGGAUUGACAACAUAAGUGCCGCUGACUGUGCAAAUCUUUUCGCAACACUGUCCAAGAUGCCACUUCUUUCUAGCUUGCUUCUAUCUGCGAGUAAUGAGAACGAGGCACUUUGCUUGGAAGCUCUCAGGCCAGAAUCUGAAAACCUCCACAGGUUGAUAAUCAGAGGGUGUUGGGCAGAUAAGACACUAGAAUGCCCGAUAUUUUGUAACCAUGGCAGAAAUCUGAAGUAUCUUGCUAUAAGCUGGUGUCGCCUUCAGGAAGACCCGCUGCAGCUGCUUGCUCCAUUGGUGCCAAACCUCACCCAUCUUAGGCUUAACAGGGUGAAUAGUGCAAGCACCUUGGUUCUUUCUGCAGGGUGCUUUUCGCUGCUAAAGACGCUUGUCUUGAAGCGCAUGUAUGAUGUCGACCAAAUGGAGAUCAGAGAUGGAGCCCUUCCACAGAUUGAAGGUUUAUAUGUUGUGACACUUCCAAAGCUCGACAAGGUCCCCCAAGGCAUCGAAUCCCUUAGCUCUCUGAGGAAGCUAUGGCUGCGGGGUUUGAACCAGGACUUCAGAGCUCAGUGGGACAGGAACGGAAUGCAGCAGAAAAUGCAGUAUGUUCCCGAGCUCCACAUCUAGAAGUGGCACUUGGGUUCCAUCUGCAGCAGCAUUCAUGCAUGCCACAUCUGCUUGUAACUACGCCACGUGCUCAGUCCUUCCCAAUAAGUCAUCAGUUAUUGGCAUUGUUGGUGAAACUGCAAUAGGAACAAUAUUUCGCAACAGAUUUGUAAUUUGUUCAAUAAACCCUUGAACAUUGUCUUUCUUUGACAUCAGGAUGUCGCCUACUAGAAGUUGUGGUGUAGUUUUGAUUCGGAGUUCGAUUCCCAUGCAGGAAUCAGGCCCUUUUGUACUGAACUCCAUAACGUACUAAAUGUUGUAUCGUUAUCGCUA